AUGACAGUUACCAGCUUUGACGACUCUGUUGAAAUUGCUCUUGGAUCCAACACACAGACCAGUGUCAAGAUCCUGAACUAUGGUGCGACUGUGUUGUCCUGGAAAAUCAACGGCAAGGAACAGCUCUGGCUCUCUGAGGCUUCCAAGUUGGAUGGCUCGAGAGCAGUUCGCGGUGGAAUCCCAUUGGUGUUCCCCCGCUUUGGUCCUGCUUCGGGUAAUCAUCCCGCAACCGACAAGCUGCCCCAGCAUGGCUUUGCCCGCAGCGUUACGUGGGAAUUACUCGGUCAAGUCGACGAUCACACCGUGCAGUUUGGCCUUGGACCUGAAAACUUGCCCAAAGACAUUGCCGCAGCCUGGUCCUAUGAUUUCACCCUGAUCUACACUGUUCAGCUGCUGCAGGAUAGUCUCAAGAUCAGCCUCGAUGUCAAGAACCCCGGCAAGGAAGCCUUCGACUUUAAUGUUCUCUUCCACACGUACUUUGCUGUUCCCGAGGUGCAGAACGUCACUGUCGCUGGUCUCAACAAGCUUGCGUACUUUGACAAGGUUGCAUCAGCUCAAGUUGCCAGCGACAGCGAGAAAGAGGUCACUUUCUGCAAGGAGACCGACCGGGUCUACAGAAACUCUCCGGCCCAGGUCGAAAUCAAAGAAGGCUCCAAGACACUGUUCACUGUGCAGGCCUCGAACCUCAAGGACACGGUCGUCUGGAACCCGUGGACCGAGAAGGCCCAGGAAAUGUCCGACUGGGCCCCCAAGAAUGGUUUCCACCAAAUGGUCUGCGUCGAAAGCGGCGUGGUCGCCGACUUUGCCAAGCUCGCAUCCGACGCCUCGUGGACGGGCAGCGUCAUUCUUAAAGCUCACAUUUAA